CAACCGUCCCUCUGGAAUUCAUCAACACGAGCAGCUAAAAAGUUUCUCACAGAACGACUAUUUUUAAAGCUUCAGAACAGGUCUUAGAUCAAGAGAACACGCCUGCAAAAUGAGUUGCUGCGAGGAGAAAGAAGUUAAAGAGAAAGAAGAGGACAGAGCUUGUCAGACCAAGAUGACCAGACCGGCAUCUUCAGAACCCAGCUGUGUGUCAGUGAACAGUCUUCAGUCCAUGAGAGACUUUCCCUCAUUUAGUGAUGAAGCAGUGACCUCUGACCCCAGUAUCACCAGAAUGAAGAGACAUACAAUAGCAUCUUCAGAACCCAGCUGUGUGUCUAUAAAGAGUCAUCAGUCCAUGAGAGACUGUCCUUCAUUCAGUGAUGGAGCAGUGACCUCUGACCCCAGUAUCACAAGAAUGAAGAGACACAAAGCAGCAUCUUCAGAACCCAGCUGUGUGUCAAUGAAGAGUCAUCAGUCCAUGAUUGAACCUCUACAACUCACUGAUGGAAGAUUGACCUCUGACCCCAGCCGUGAGAAAGAACAGUCUAGUCUGAGCUGGACUGCUUCCUACUGUCAGACACCCAUCAACAAGACAGCAUUAGACCUACAGACGCUCACUCUGGACACGGAGAAGCUUCAAGACCUGAAGAGAGUGAAAGACAAACACAAAAGCAUCAUGAAGAACAAGUAUGAGAGUUUAUUUGAGGGAAUCACAGCACAAGAGAAUCAAACGCUCCUGAAGAGAAUUUACACACAGCUGUAUAUCAUAGAGGGAGAGAGUGAAGGAGUGAAUGAAGAACAUGAGGUUUUACACAUGGAGACAAAGCCCAGAAGAACACAAGACUUACAAGACACUCCAAUCUACUGCAAUGACAUCUUUAAAGCUCAAUCACAUCAAAGAGACAAAAUCAAGGGUGUUCUUACUAAAGGCAUCGCUGGAAUUGGAAAAACAGUCUCUGUGCACAAGUUCAUUCUGGAUUGGGCCGAGGGAACAGCCAAUCAGGACGUAGAUUUCAUGUUCCUGCUUCCGUUUCGAGAGCUGAACUUGAUUCGAGAGCAUCGCUACAGUCUUCACAAACUUCUGCUGGACUUUCAUCCUGAACUUCAAGAUGUGGACUCAAAGAUUUAUGAGGAGUGUAAAGUUGUGUUCAUCUUUGAUGGUCUGGAUGAAAGCAGAAUGACUCUGAUGUUUUCAGACAGUGAGAAAGUUUCUGAUGUGACUGACACUUCAUCAGUGGCUGUGUUGAUGUCAAACCUCAUGAAAGGAGAUCUGCUUCCCUCUGCUCUCAUCUGGAUCACCUCCAGACCAGCAGCAGCCAAUCAGAUCCCCUCCAAAUACAUCACGCGUGUGACAGAAAUCCAGGGAUUCAAUGACACUCAGAAGGAGGAAUAUUUCAGGAAGAGAAUCAGCGACGAGCAUCAAGCCAGCAGAAUCAUGUCACACAUUAGAAGAGCGAGAAGCCUCCACAUCAUGUGUCACAUACCAGUCUUCUGUUGGAUCUCAUCCACUGUGCUUCAGAAGAUCCUGACACAAGAUCACAGUGAAGAAAUCCCCAAAACUCUGAGUGAAAUGUACAUCCACUUCCUGCUGAUUCAGAUGAAGAUGAAGAAUGAGAAGUAUGAUCCAGAGAGAGAUCCAGAGAUCAACAGAGAAGUGAUUGUGAAACUGGCUGAAGUGGCUUUCAAACAGCUGAUGAAGGGCAAUGUGAUGUUCUAUGAGGAGGAUCUGAGAGAGUGUGGGAUAGACAUCACUGACGCCUCGCUGUAUUCUGGCAUCUGUACUGAGAUCUUUAAGGAGGAAUCUAUCAGUCAUCAGAGGAAGAUCUACAGCUUCAUACAUCUCAGUCUUCAGGAGUUCCUCGCUGCGUUCUACGUGUUUCACUAUUAUGUCAGUAAAACUAUGGAGGGACUGAAGGAUUUUGCUUCAGUGCAGAAAUUGCUUAAAGGUGCAGUAGAUAAAGCUCUUGAGAGUGAAACUGGUCAUCUGGAUCUUUUCUUGAGAUUUCUGUUGGGCAUCUCACUGGAGUCCAAUCAGAGACUCUUACAGGAUCUACUGACACACACACUGGAAUCAUCACAAGCCAUCAAGAAAACCACACAGUACAUCAAAGAUCAAAUCAAGGGUCAUGAUGGUCUGUCAGCUGAAAGAUCCAUCAAUCUGUUCUUGUGUCUGUCUGAAGUGAAUGAUCAGACUCUGUACAGAGAGAUUGAAGAGUUUGUGAGAUCAGACAAACACUCAGAGAAGAAACUCUCUGCUGCUCACUGUUCAGCAAUAGUCUACAUGCUUCAGAUGUCAGAGGAGGUGAUGGAUGAGUUUGAUCUGAAGAAAUACAACACAACACAGGAGGGCAGAAGAAGACUCACACCAGCUGUCAACAACUGCACAAGAGCUCUACUUACUGACUGUAAUCUCACAGUUGAGUCGUGUAAAAUCAUCUCUUCAGCUCUUCAAUCUUCAGAUUCUCCUCUGAGAGAGCUUGAUGUGAGUAACAAUGAUCUUCAGGAUUCAGGAGUGAAGCUGAUCUCUGAUGCUCUCAAGAACACAAACUGUCAACUUCAGAUACUGAGGUUGUCAGGUUGUAUGGUGACAGAUGAAGGAUGUUGUUAUUUGGCUUCAGCUCUGAGUUCAAACCCGUCACACCUGAGAGAACUCGACCUGAGCUACAAUCACCCACAACACUCAACACUUCAGCUGCUCGCUUAUCAAGAUGAUCCAAACUACACACUCAACAAACUCAAUUUGGAUCAUGGAGGACAGUUAUGGAUCAUACCAGGAUUGAUUAAAUAUGCCUGUGAUGUCACACUGGAUCCAAACACAGCAAACAUUCGCAUGGUUCUGUCUGACGGGAACAGAAAGGUGACGUAUGUGAAAGAUCCUCAGCCGUAUCCUGAUCAUCCAGACAGAUUUAAGGACUACGAGCAGGUUCUGUCUAAAGAGAGUUUCACUGGACGCUGUUACUGGGAGGCUGAAUGGACCGGAUGGAGUUUUAUAGGGAUGACUUAUAAAGGAAUCAGUAGGGAUGGAGAUCACACUUGCUUUGGAUACAAUGACGUGUCAUGGUUUAUGUACUGUGUUCCUGAACGAUACAGCGCAUGGCACGAUAGUAAGAACAGAGACAUACCUGCUCUUGCACCUCCAUCUAAUAGAGUAGGAGUGUAUCUGGACUAUCCGGCCGGCAUUCUGUCCUUCUACAGCGUCUCUGACACACACACACUCACACACUUACACACAUUCAACACAACAUUCACUGAGCCUCUGUAUGCUGGAGUUGCUGUUAUGAACUCCUCUGUGUCUCUGUGUCACAUUGAACAAGAGCAUGAAAAUUAACAAGUGAAACAUAAGCAUCAUAAGCAUCAUGAAACUGUAUUUUACAUCACUGCUAUAGUGAACGGAAUUAUCACGGUUAUCGGUAUUAUCUUGCCUUUGUUAAAAUUAUGAAAUAUCCCAAAAGCAUUGAAACCAAGUUUUAUAAUGAUGUGACUUGCUAAACACUUUUUGUUGUCAAAAACAUCAAAUCAAUAAUAUAAUAUUAAUUCUGGCACAAUGGGAUCAUUGUGUAACAGUUUCUAUUUUACAGGUUGAACACAACCUUAAGUAAUUCAGACAUUCAUUUAAACACAUGACAAAUCAGAGUCAUUUAUUAUUAGGAAAAGUAAUAAAAACACGUUCAAAAUGCAGUUAUAAUGCAUAAGCCCCAAACUGCACCCAAACAGAUACUAAGAUGACAGAAUCCAGCUUCCUCUGCUUCUAAAUUCGGCUUUGAAAAUUAAUUUAAUAAAUCAUUUAAAAAAUACAAUGCGGUUAAAUAAACUUGAUCACUUGGCAACCUUUAAAUGAAGGCUGUAUAUAAACCCCCCGUGAUGUGUAUGAGUAUGUUUCAAUGCCGCUACCGACCUCAACCGAUGAGACCCAAAUCUAACUUCAGCAUUAAGAUAUGAUUGCUUUUACUCAACGAAGCAUGCAAAACAAUAUAAACAUGAUGAUCACAUACCAAUUUAUGAGAUUUUUUAUGUUCCUUACAUUAUUACGUGCCCUCAGCUUUUUUUAACAGGUUUUUGCGUUCGCUCUGUCUAAGUUUAAAAUGCUAUUGUUUCGCUACACUUUUACUUCGCUAAAUGUUUACUAACAUUUUCGAUUAAGAAAUAUGAAAAGUCCAAACCUUAUAAUAUCAGGUGCUUUUUGUGUUGCAUUCGGUUUGCACAGUUACAGCUGCAGGAAUUUAUAGACCGUUUCAUAACUAUGAAAGCCAUAACCCUACUGUAAUCUCACACUGUGGUGCCACACAACAUCCCUACAUUUAAGAAAAAGUUCACCUUCCAAAUGAAAAUUCUGUCAUUCUUGUCAUUUCAAACCUGUAUAACUUUCUUUCUUCCACAGAACACAAAAAAAGACAUUUUGAAGAUUGUUGCUAAUACUACCUAUUCACUUGCAUUGGUUUUGUGUCCAUACGGUAGAAGUGAAUGGAGGGCUGCCUGAUCUGUUACCAACAUUUUUUUAAAAUCUUAUUUUGUGUUCUGCAAAAGGUUUGAAAUGACAAGAGGGUGUGUAAAUGAAGACAGAAAGUUUGUUUUGAAGGUGAAGUACUUAUUUAAUAGUACAACAAACUCAAAGGUACUUCAGUUACAGCUUUCCUGUAGCUCAGUGGUUAGAGCAUGGUGCUAGCAACGGUCAUGGGUUCAAUUGCAGGGGAUGGCACAUAGUCAGAAAGUAAAUGUAUAAUAAAUGGAUGAAAGCG